CCACGUGUACUGUAUGUGACUCGCGCGACUGCCAUUGCGACUGCUUUGUUCCGUGUGCUUCGUUGCUUUGUGGGAGCGGUGAGCUCGUCCGCUUCGUGAAAGAUGGCUGCUGUGAAGCGACAGAACCUAACCAUAUCUUCAAAGCUGGAGAUCAUCAGAAGAGUUGAGCGCGGAGAAAAGAAGUCGGAUGUCGCCGCAGCGUACAGCAUCCCCAGAAGCACGCUGAGUACGAUUUUGAAAAAUAAGGCCGACAUUAGGGCUAAGGCGGACAAGAGGCCUGCUGCUACCACCAGCGCUCGACGAGUACGGACGGCUGCAUUUGAAGACGUAGAGGCUGCAGUGUAUAAGUGGUUUGUUGACGUUAGGUCGCAAAACAUCCCCGUUUCUGGCCCAAUGAUCGAACAGAAAGCAAAGGAUUUCGCUUUCAUGCUGAACAGACAUGACUUCAGAGGCGGCUCAGGCUGGCUGCAGCGGUUUAAAGAGCGUCACGGCAUUGUCGGCCGUGCUGUCACCGGUGAAAGCCGCGCUGUAGAUCUCGGCAGCGUGCAAAAGUGGAUUGAUGAAAAUUGGAACGACAUUAAAACAAGGUACCAUCCUCGUGAUAUAUUCAACGCCGAUGAGACUGCUUUAUUCUGGCAAAUGCUUCCGAACAGAACGCUGGCCUGUCGUGAUGACAAGUCCCACGGCGGGAAGGUCAAUAAAGCCAGAAUAUCCGUGUUGCUCGCCACCAACGUCGACGGGUCAACCAAGCUUCGACCGCUCGUAAUAGGAAAGAGCAAAUCACCGCGGUGCCUAAAGAACGCACUUUCUGUCCCGGUGUCUUACAGAUCGAAUGGGAAAGCUUGGAUGACAAGCGAACUUUUUGGCAAGUGGCUCAAGUCCUGGGACGACGACCUGGUAAGCCAAGGCAGAAAGGUCUGCUUACUGGUUGAUAACUGCUCUGCCCACCAUUGCAACGUCAGCGUCAGCAACAUCGAGCUUCGUUUUCUUCCGCCGAACACAACGUCGGUGCUGCAGCCUUUAGACCAAGGUGUCAUUCGUGCACUGAAGGCAGGCUACAGAAAGCGACUUGUGCAGAGGCUUUUGCUAAACCUCCGCACUGGCCGGGAGCUGAAAAUUGACCUCCUGGGAGCAAUAACCAUGCUGAACGCGUCAUGGAACGACGUCAAACAAGAAACAAUUCAGAACUGCUUCCGUCAUUGUGGACUCUCUGCUUCCGGCGAGGCUGGCGCGAGCUCAUCAAACAAUCACCAUGAACCCCUGGAUAGCGGUGAACCGCUGGAGGAACUUGAUGAGUUGUUUAGCCAGCUUGCCGAGUUCCCGGGUGCUGUUUGUGAUGGGACUGCAGCAACAGACUUCGUCUCCGUCGACGACGAUGUUCCGACAACCGGAGAGCUCGCUGACGAAGACAUCAUUGCCGACCUCACUAGGGAUGCCGCCGGCGACAGUAACUGUCAGGAUACGACGAGUUCGUACCCGCCAUCGUGUUCCGACGCACUUAACGCGCUGAGCGUUGUUCGCCGUCACUGUGAGUCAAUAGAAGGCUGUGGGCUCAGCUGUUCUCAGUCGCUCGAUAACGUUGAGAAGUGCAUGCUUAAUAAUGCUUUCAAAAUCAAAAAGCAGAAGAAGAUCAACGACUAUUUCUCGCAUUAAUAGUCCCACCGUACAUGUUUUUAUCAAAUAAAGAAUGCUUUUUACUGAGGUGCGGUUUGUACAUUGCCAAAUUUGUUAAAAGUUG